AUGAACAGCGGGUGCCAGUCGGGGGUUGUGUCCCGCUAGCUCUAGACUCGGGGGGGUGCAAUGUCAACUCCAAGCUGCGGCAACCAACUCAAUCUCAUGUCGCCCAAACCGAGGUCUAGGGCUUCAUCGUGCCCCUAUAACAGGUAUGUUCUGGACAGUUACGUCCAGAAGGACUUGUGUCACUCCGCAUGGCCACCGAGACGACCAUCGCGUGCUGCGUGCGGGUCCCCGCCUCCAAGCAGGUGACGGCCCUGCACCUGGCGGCCGAGCAGGCCACCCGCUGCUGCUGCUACAAGCGGCGCUCCUCGGCCACCUUCAUGACCGUGGAGCUGCUCCCGGAGCGUUGCGUCGCCGUGGACGCCUCGACCAAAGAGUUCGGCGAGUGCCGCGUCGCCGUGAACUGGACGGUCGUGGCGGAGCUGGAGACGGAGUGCUUCGUGAGGAUCAAGGUGAAGAGGGGACGCAGGACCCUCCGGAAGAAGGCUUUGGAUGCAAGGCUUCUCAUCAAGUGCUUGCAGGAAGGACGGCUUGUGUGCGGUGAAGCCAGACUUGUGUUUGACAUCGCGUCAUAUUCCCCGCUAAGGUUUUGUUUCCAAGUGAAAACCACCGCCAGCGAGUGUCCCGCAGCGGGGCGUCGGCCAGCCACUGCCGCGCGAGCAAGUGUCUGCACACAGCAGCCCUCGGCGGGGGAGGAAGACUUCCACGACGCGCAGGAACCCGCCGAGGAGGAACAAACGUGCGCCGCGCCACCACCGAAGACCGUGGUCACGCAAACGUCGAUCAACAAGAUGCCGCGAAGGUACCGGCGCAGGAUCCUGGAGGGCGGAGGAGGCAUCCUGCGGCGCCUCCGCGACGAGCAUCUCGUCACCGUAGAAUACAACGAACGCUCCGGCAGACUGAAGCUUGAGGGCCGCCCCGACGACGUCUGCCGGUGCCAGGACGACUUAGACGCCCUGAUACAGGCGUGGCAGCAGGAGCAGGACCAGGAACACACGAAGAGGAAGGCGGCAAAGAGCGGCGCCGAGGGUGGCGAGCUGCUGCAGCGACAGUUCCCGAACACUCGCGGCCUGUACGCCAGCGGCGCCGCCUUCACGCUGCCGCCCCUGCAGCCCGGCAGCGGGGCACUCUUCCUGCAGGUGGUGAACAGGUCCACGCCGCAGCGCCUCGCCUCCAUGGCGGACUACGGCCGCACGGGGGGCAGCCACUGGCUGCUGCUGUCCUCGUAUGGCGCGGCGCGCGGCGGCCAGCUGGCGGUCUACGACUCGCUGCACGACACGCUCUCGCCCUCCACGGCCGCCCUGGUGCGGCAGCUGCAGGUGCUGCACGCCCCACCGCCGGGCGCCGUGCUGCGGCCCGUCCAGCGGCAGCGGGACGGCCACAGCUGCGGCCUCUUCGCCCUCGCCUUCGCCUUCAGCAUCGCCCACGGCCAGGACCCCUGCCGCGUGCGCUACGUGCGUGCGCGCAUGGAGCGCCACCUGUUGGCCUGCCUCGACCGCGGCGUGGCGACGCCCUUCCCCAGCGUGCCCGAGGGGACAUUCGGCUAA